UGGCAGCUGGACUUCUGCAGCCGCCCCAUGAAGGACGAGCGCGGGAAGAAGAUGUGGGAGCUCCUCAUCUGCGACGAGACUCGAUCGUUCGAGCACUCCGAGUUCUUCCCGAACAACCGGAUCAACUCCGUGGAGCUCGCCAAAGCCAUCGACCGCGUCUUCGUCGCCCGCGGCGAACGACCGAGGCGGUUCAAGUUCUUCCGCUCGCAGAUGCAGACCAUCAUCACGCGCGCCUGCGGCGAGGUGGGCGUCAACCCGCUGCCCUCGCGACGAUGCCAGACCAUGUCCAGGUGGCUCGACGAGAGGCUGGAGACGGUGUACAAGACGCACCCCGGGUACGAUGGAUCAGCGGCGCCGAACAUGGGCUUCGAGGGCGGCGGCGGCCCGAGACCCCUGCCGGACGCGCUCAGGGGCGAGUCGUGGGCGUUCGUGGCGCUUCCCCUCGUCGGCGUCAGGGAGGAGGCUGAGCAGGUUCGCGCCAACAGGGUGUUCGGCGACUUGCUGGAGAUCGACCCGACGCUGGAGGAUGACACGCUCAUCCCGGGGAUCGCGGUGUACACGCGUCGCGCCGCCGCGCUGGCGGGGUGGACCAAGGGCCUGGAGCUCGGCGGUAUCAGCGUGGACUUCGACAUGGGCACGCUGCUGCUGGACACGGGGGUGAGCGACAGCUGGCAGUACGCCCGGUUCCGCCAGACGAAGGAGCUGAUGAAGGAGGCGAGGGAGUGGGAGGAGGUGAAGGCGGCGGUGAACGGCCUUCACUUCCUGGCGAUCCAGACGGACGAGGACGCGGAGACCACGGACGGGUUCUGGAUCCUGCAGGAC